UUAUAACAGGGCUCCUCAAGUCUCCAGAGACACUUCGGGAUUUCGGUCUCGUGCAGUUAUGACCCGGGUGCCUUAACUACCUUUCUGGGGAUCGCUAAAGCGUUUGUUCUCAACCGUCGAUGCGCUGACGAAGUUGCCCGCUCGCCCUUCCCGUUUACUUUCAAAACUCGAGAGAGCGGCUAGUUUCCCGCGGACGCGCCCCAGAGACCCCAGGCUGCAGGACGCGCUCGAUACGGAAGCUGUCACAGCAACAGCAGCAGCAGCAGCAGCAGCAACAGAGAGAGCGAGAAGAAGAACGAGAACGAGAAGGUUCCCAGAUAUGAAGCUGGAGGUGUUCUCCGCCGGCCACUUCGUAGAGAAGCCGCUGGAGGUGUGCAGCGACGCGGAGGGCAGCGUGCCCUCGCCCCUGUCCGGCGAGGAGGAGCUGGGCUCCGACGGGGACUUCGUGGCCAACAGCCCUGCUGCACCUGCCGCGGCAAGCAGCGACGGCAAAGCCAAGCCCUACACCCGGAGACCCAAGCCUCCGUACUCCUACAUCGCGCUGAUCGCCAUGGCGAUUCGUGACUCCGCGACCGGGCGCCUUACUUUGGCGGAGAUCAACGACUACCUGAUGAAGAAGUUCCCCUUCUUCAGGGGCAGCUACACCGGCUGGAGGAACUCGGUCCGCCACAACCUGUCACUGAACGACUGCUUCCUCAAAGUGCUGCGCGACCCGUCGAGACCCUGGGGGAAGGACAAUUACUGGAUGCUGAACCCCCACAGCGAGUACACCUUCGCCGACGGGGUCUUCCGCCGCCGGAGAAAGCGCAUCGCGAAGAAGCCCCCGUCGAGUAACGCGGAACAUCCCGCCGCAGGCGAGGACGCGCCGCCGGCCGCCGGGGGCGCCGCGUCCGGCGCGGAGGAGGGUUCCAACACCUCCAAGUUCUCCAGCUCCUUCGCCAUCGACAGCAUCCUCAGCAAACCUUUCAAGAGAAAGGAAGACGUCGUGAACCCCGAGGCAGACGGCCCCGAUGCGGGGACCAGCAGCAGCAGCAGGGCGAUGUGGUCGAGCGGCGCGCAGAUGGUGCCCUCCUACGUCAUGAGCUACCCGGCCGCCGCCGCUCUGUCCCACCUGCAGCCCGUCUUCCAGGUGAACCCAAGCGCCGCCCACCUGCUGCACACGUUCAGGUGCAGAUACUCAGAGCCGGUCCUCGCAGUGGAGCACAGGAGGGACAUUCUCGCCGCUUUCCAGCUGACUCCAGAAUGCUUGCCAACUUCUGAGAGCUUUUCUCCUGUUCACGUGUCUACCAUGAGAGUGGGUAGCUAUAAUAAUCCAUUCAAAAUAGACUCUUUACUUUCCUAUAUGACGACUGAAACUGCGCAGCAGCAGCUGGACCCGCCGCCACCUCUAAGGUCGAGUCCGACAUCUGGAGUUCUGCAUUCCGCCCUUAUGAACACGCCGCCCGCCGUGGAGAGCGCAGCUUCCUCCAAGGGGAAGAAGGCGAACUCCGGUCUGAGACGUCCAGAAAAGCCUCCCUACUCGUACAUCGCGCUCAUCGUGAUGGCCAUCCAAAGCUCCCCGACGAAAAGGCUAACGCUCAGUGAGAUCUACCAGUUCCUCCAAGCCAGGUUCCCCUUUUUCAGAGGAUCUUAUCAGGGGUGGAAAAACUCCGUGAGACACAAUUUGUCCCUGAACGAAUGCUUUAUUAAAUUACCGAAGGGCCUGGGCAGACCCGGCAAAGGACACUACUGGACCAUUGACCCUGCCAGCGAAUUCAUGUUUGAGGAAGGAUCGUUUCGCCGCCGACCCCGUGGUUUCAGGAGAAAGUGUCAAGCUCUGAAGCCCAUGUAUCGGAUGAUGAACGGCAUUGGCUUUGGCACCUCCAUAUUACCUCAGAGCUUUGAUUUCCAGUCGCCCUCGGCGUCGCUCGCCUGUCACACCAAUGGCUACAACUUGGACAUGAUGACAAACUCCAUGACGGGAGGCUACGACGGGCUCGGCGGUGGCCACCACGUCCCCCACAUGUCCCCAAGUCCAGGGUCGACGUACAUGGCGAGCUGCCCGGUGACAUCUAACGGGGACUAUGGUCCCGACAGCAGCAGCAGUCCGGUGCCGUCAUCCCCAGCAAUGGCCAGUGCCUUGGAGUGCCACUCUCCAUACACAAGCGCAUCCGCGCACUGGGCGUCUGCCAGUGGCUCUCCGUACAUCAAACAGCAAUCUCUGGCCUCCAACAGCCCGGCAUCCUCCGGGCUGCAUUCCAGCAUGUCCUCCUAUUCUCUGGAGCCGAGUUACCUCCACCAGAGCGCCCGGGAGACGGCUGACAUUUCAGUGGGGAUACCACGAUACCAGGCCCAUUCCUCCCCUGUGUGCGACAGGAAAGAUUUCGUUUUGAACUUUAAUGGAAUCUCUUCUUUCCAUCCGUCGGCCAGCGGAUCUUAUUACCAUCAUCAUCACCAUCAUCAUCAUCAUCAGAGCGUGUGUCAGGAUAUCAAGCCGUGUGUGAUGUGAGUGAACCGGAGAGCGGGCGUGUAAAGUAAAGGUGUGAAAGGGAGGAACAACUAUUAAAUGGAAGCGACCUUACAGGUUACCAGAUACAAAGAGCGGUAGGGACAAGACAGUGGCGGA